AUGAGUCAAAAGAUGGAAGCAUGCCAUAACUGUAGGCGAAGUCGCUUGAAAUGUGACCGAUCCCUUCCGCAGUGCCUCAAAUGCACCAGGAGGGGUCAAAGCUGUCUAGGCUAUGGCAUUCUGUUGCGAUGGGAGAAUGGUAUGGCGAGUCGAGGAAAAAUGCUUGGAGUUACAUCAGACAACAUAAGGGAGGUCAAGAAGAGAGACAGGCCCUUGACUCUACAAGCGCCAUGUCUUUCUAUCGUGCCUACAAGGCAGCCCCCAUUCGCAAGUCCUAAGCCGAGCUCUCCUCGUUCGUUACCUCGUUCGUUGAUAGAUCCGCCUAUGCAAAAUCUAGACUAUCGGUCGAGGAGAUAUAUGGACUAUUUCGCAGGUGCUGUUUGCCGGGACCUCGUUAUUUACGACGUCCCCAAACAUAAUCUAUUCCGUGACCUGAUUCCGAUAGCGCAUCAGCACCCCGUCUUAAUGCAGACAAUCAUCGCCAGUUCAGCUUUGCAUUUGUCAAAUUCUUCUCAACAGUCAUCAAAGUCUCUUAGUGGUGCUACAAAGAUAGCCCCGACUCAGAGCAGCACAAGCCUACUGGGCUCUCUAUCGAUUAGUCCAUGUAUGACAUCUCACCCGGAGGCUCUCCAUGACGCACUCAAGGCCAAGCAGCGAGCACUCUGUCUGCUGAAGUCUGCUCUCGAAGACAUGGCUUCAGCGGAUGUUGAUGUGGUUCUCGCGGUAGUGCUUCUGCUUAUUGGGUUCGAGCUCAUCGACUCUGGGCGAGGGAGUUGGGUAUUUCACAUGAACGGUGCGAGGAAGAUUAUUGAGGAUCUUAUCGCAUCCUCCAUUGCGACGGAAACUGAUUUUAGCCCGCUUCGUCGAUGGUUGGUGUCAAACUGCUUGGUAUAUGAUCUUCUUGGGUCAUCCUUCGCAAAUUCACAUCUACCGCAUACUGGCGGGAUAUCGGCGACUACCAUGUCACUUCUUCAAGAUGCAGAAGGCAAUCAUUGCUCGUCAUUUCCGGCAGCUCUUCUUCCUUUGAUACAGGCAGGGGCUCGACUAUUAAGAAAGACGGACGAUGAUUCCAAGCAUCCGGAUUCCUUGACCAAUUCAGGGCUGCGCGAUGCGCUUCAUCUUUUAGACGUUGCUAGGUCAUUCGACGCAGCUGUCUGGGCUAUCAAUCUACAGUCACGCUCACCGGCUGACGAUCUAUUCUAUCGGAUGGAAAUUGCCGCUGCACACAGGGCAGCUGUGUGCAUUUAUCUAUCGCGCGUGAUUCUUGCUCUAUGGCCCAGCACAGUAUUGCCAGAUGAUACUGAAAAGCUUGCAGUUGAAAUCAUCACCCAUCUCUCACAUAUGCGCCCUGGAGAUGCGUUAUUUACUGCGACAGCGUGGCCGGCUUUCAUUGCUGGCCUGGAAAUGGUUGACCCUACUAAUCGUGCUUGGGUAGCGGUAAGAUUCCAGGAGCUUUGGGAGAAGGAGCCCUGGGGGCUUACAAGAGAAGCUCUCGGAGUGUUGAGUACAAUGUGGGAGUUUAGAAAGAAUGCGGAUGCCGUCGAGAGUAGCAAUGGUCAACGCCGCAGACAGGAAGAGAAUUGGAACUGGAUCAAGAAGCUAGAGGACAUGGGCGCCGACUGGUUGGUUGCAUGA